AAUUCAUAAAAAUGAGUUUCAUAAUUGAUGAUAUGCGACGCGUUUUAUUGAUAAAAACAAAAGCUCGGCAUGACGGAGUUUGUGAUCAUUAUAGUCGCGUAUUCAUGCCCAAAAUAAUGUGCUUUUUUUCGUUGAUGAUUGGUGUGAACUGGUAUUUUGAUAAGCUUACCUGUAUUAUCCCGAAAACACUUUCAGGGUCGCAUCAAUUUAUAACUGAUGUGUGCUGGAUAAAUGGUUUUUAUAUUUACGAGAAUUUGACGACUACAAUGACGUCAUAUUACGGGAUUCCUAAAAAUAUUAAUGAAGAUGGUAUAUCCAUAACCGGAAUUUUAUGCGAAACAAGUUAUGAUGAAGGUUGUACUCCAAUGGUAAAGUUUUACUACCUCCAGUAUCAGUGGUUCCCCUUUUUCUUGGCUUCGUUUGUUAUUCUCUACAUUAUACCUCAUCUUGGAUUUAAGUUUAUAAAUGCAGAUCUAAUUACUCUAAAGAACGCGGUCAGAGUUCAUUCUUGUGACGAGAUCUUUGAAAGUUACUUUAACUUGAAACAAAAUACACCCACGCAAAUGUUUAUCAAAGUUUUUGGUAGCAUAGCAGUUAAGGUCGCGUAUAUUUUUUCAAAUGUUGGUACAUUUUAUGCAAUUGAUCAUUCUCUUAACAAAAAAUAUCUCAACUACGCAAGCAAUUGGCUUUAUUGGACCUACAAAAAUAAUUCAGCUAUGUUUGACUAUUCAAUUCACAGACAGUCAUUUCGAGCAGGUGAAGUAUUACUUCCAAACUAUGGACUUUGCGAUGUUCAAAUUUUAUUUUCGGAUAUGAUAGAAUCCGGUACAAACAAAUACAGUAUAAUUUGCGAGUACUCUACGCAUGUUCUUUAUCAUUACGUUUUGAUAUUGUUAUGGUUUUUAAUUGUGUUUGGAAUUAUAUUUUCAACCAUCGGACUUAUAAACCAGACUGGGAAAUAUUUUUUAAUGAUUUAUAUAUUCCCAAGAAACUGGAAAAAUAAAGAAGAAGUGUUUAAUGUGAUAUUCCUUAGAGAAAAAGAAUAUUUAAUUUAUAUUAACUCGCAAAACAUUGUUUUGUAUGAAUUGUUGUUAGAUAAAUUGCGUCUAGAAAGGUUGAAGAUAACUGAAGAAGAAGGAAAUAACUCGUUAGUAAUAGAAAAAUUAAACAAAAAAGUAAUUGAAAUUCGGAUCAAGGUUGAAAAUAUUCUUCAUAAACAAACAUUUGAUAUCAAUGAACCAACACUCGGUAUCAAAAAUAAAACAACAUUUCGAAAUAACUUUCAAAUUAAAGAACUUCGUUAAAGUUUUUUCCUAUUGAACUAUUUAUUUAGUUAACAAAAAAUUUUAAAUAUUACCAGCCUA